AUGGCUGACGAGGUACCACAACUGAUUGAUGUCGACGAGGUGCCAGAACUCGUGGACGUCGACGAAGAUGAUGUCCCGGACCUUGUGGAUGUCGGAGAGGCAGCCGCUGAGCCGCGAGGGCGGGCGCGCACGCCCAUUGCCGUGCGGAAGAUGGUGCGCGAUAAGGUGCCGAUUACGCUGUUGACGGGGUACCUUGGGGCCGGGAAGAGUACUUUGCUAGACUAUAUCAUGACGGAGAAUCAUGGGUAUCGCAUCGCCGUGUGCAUGAAUGAUUAUGGCGACACGACCGACAUCGAGUCCAAAGCCCUCCAGUUCUCCAACGACGACGGCAACGACCCGUCCGCCGGUAUGCUCGCACUCCCCAACGGCUGCCUGUGCUGCAGCUUUAAGGACCUUGGCAUCGCGGCGAUCGAGGACAUGGUUGCCGCGCAGCGCGAGAAGGUUGACUGGGUCGUCGUCGAGCUCACGGGCUUGGCCGAUCCGGCACCAAUCGCAAAGUCCUUCUGGGCAAAUGAGGAGAUGGGCGACCUCGAGCUCGACAGUGUCGUGUGUGUCGUCGACUCGCGGAAUGUUCUCAAGCAAAUCGACGAGGCGCGGGACGACGGGUCGCCGAGCGAGUGCCAGCGCCAAAUUGCCUGUGCCGACGUCAUCCUCCUCAACAAGACUGACCUGGUCACGCCGGAGAUUCUGGACGAGGUGACCGCCGCCGUCGCUGCCAUCAACCCGACUCUGAGGGUGUACAGGACAGACCACUCGCAGAUCGGGCUCGACAAGCUGUUCAACUUGCGCGCGUACGCUGCUGCCCCCACAGCGAUCGAGGAGUGCUCCGACUGCAUCAGCCACACACACACGAAAGGGCACGCCCACACUCACGGACACCACUCGCACGGGAUCACCACCACCACCAUCCCCCUUCCACCCCUCUCGGCUGAGCAGUUCGCCGCCCUCAACGACUUUCUCGAAGAGUUCAUCUGGGCCGGCAAGUUGCUCGUCGACAGCAAGCCCGUAUCGUGGGACGGCGAACCACCCGAGAUCCUCCGCACCAAGGGCUUCAUGCUCGUGGAUGGAGAGGAGAAGGUAGUCCAGGGCGUCGCGGACCUGUUUGACAUCCAACCGGCAGUGGGGAGUGGAGAUGCGCAGCCAAAGCUCGUCUUUAUUGGAAGGCGGGUGGAUUCGCGGCUGGGCGACGUCGUGCGAGCGCGUCUGGGUAUCUAG